AAUCUUCAAAACAACUGGUUGAGUUGUUUUUAACUAAACUUUUAAGAAAACUGCAUUUGAUUUAUAACUUUAAAGAUUUAAAUAAAUACAUAAUGUUCAAAUAAGUGUUAAUAAGUCUUAAAAUAAUCAUUUUAUACUGAUUUUUAACUCGACCAAAAAAUGGCUGCCUUAACCGAAUACAUUGAGCCAAUAUGGCGUGGACUUAAUAUGCGUAAUUUAAAAGUGGACGAAGCUUACUUAGUGUCAAAGACCUUUUAUCAUAAAGCAACUUAUUUGUAUAGUCUCUCCGAUGAAUGUUAUACGUGCCCCUAUAGCAAAGUGAAAGCUUUACAUGAAGGCAAUAAUGACAACAUUACAAGUGCCUCGAAUAAUAUAAAUGUGGCUCAUGGUUUAAAAUUUAAAUUACUAACCGAUGAUGUGGGACGUUAUGCCUUCAAUAAUGAUACCUCAUUAUGUGAUUUAAGGCCAACGGACUUGAAAGAAUUCGGUGUUUAUAAUUUGACUUUAUAUGAAAAUGGUACAUGCAGCUGGGAGGUGGAUAAUGAAGGAGUUGAGGUUAAUUUAUCCCUUUUAUCGGUUUUUAUUUUGGUUGCCUUAAUUUUAACCGUUUUGAAAAUAUCUUUAUGUGCCUGGCGUUCCCAUCGCUAUGAGGAAGUUUUAGCUAAUGCUGCUGCUAAUGAAGCUCCUGUACAACCACCCACUAUACAGCAACGUAAACGUAUGCGUAGUUUGGAUGCUUUUAGAGGCAUGGCUAUUGUCCUCAUGAUAUUUGUUAAUAGUGGCGGUGGUGAUUAUUGGUGGAUUGAACAUGCUCCCUGGAAUGGUUUACAUUUAGCUGAUAUUGUUUUCCCUUCUUUUCUAUGGAUAAUGGGUGUUUGUAUACCCAUUUCGAUUAAGUCACAAUUGGCAAGAGGAACCACUAAACUUCGUAUAUGUUUGAGAAUCAUUUGGAGAUCUAUUAAACUGUUUACUAUAGGUUUAUGUUUAAAUUCUAUAAAUGGUCCAAAUUUGGAAAAUUUAAGAAUAAUGGGCGUUUUGCAACGAUUUGGUAUUGCCUAUUUGAUAUGUGGUGUCGCACAUACUAUAUUUACCCAAAGGGAACACAUGGAACCACAGGUAAUUAUCAUUUUUAUCAUAAUCAAUCUAUAAAUCUAUUUAUUUAUCUAUCUAUCUAUCUAUCU